AUGGCACGGUAUUACUGCGACUACUGCAACGCCCACCUGACACACGACUCGGCAACGGUCCGAAAGCAACACAACAGCGGCUUCAAACACAAGGCGAAUGUUCGCGCUUACUAUGCGCAAUUUUUGAUAGCACCAACUAAAACAGCCAGAGAGCUGCAUUAG